AUGGCUUGUAAUAAAAAAAACCCUCUUAUUGUCUCAAAAGUUGGUAUAAUUGGAGCCGGUGUUAGUGGCAUAGCAGCUGCUAAACAACUGUCUCAUCACAAACCUAUUGUGUUUGAAGCAUCAGAUUCAAUUGGAGGCGUAUGGAAGAGUUGUUCUUAUUAUUCUACCAAACUUCAAUCGUAUCGUAGUGAUUAUGAAUUUUCUGAUUUUUCAUGGCAAAAUAGAGAUGAUACAACUUUUCCUUCUUAUCUUGAAAUAUUAGAUUACUUGAAAUGUUAUGCUUAUUACUUUGACGUUUUUAAAUACGUGAAAUUUAACUCAAAAGUAGUGGAAUUGAGGUUUAUUGGAGACAGAGAUCUUGUUAAUACUUCAGGAAAGUAUAACAGCCCCUUAUCUGGCCACCCAAUAUGGAAAGUUGCUGUUCAAACUCAUAAUUCUGAUGAUAUUCAGUGGUAUACCUUUGAAUUUGUGGUUGUUUGUACUGGUAAAUACGGUGAUAUACCUAAAAUUCCAAAAUUUCCACAAAAUAAAGGUCCUGAAAUAUUUAAGGGUCAAGUUUUACAUUCCAUUGAUUACUGCAAGUUAGAUAAGAAUGACGCUUCCCAAUUACUUAAAGACAAGAAAGUUACAGUCAUCGGCUACAAAAAAUCAGCAAUUGAUUUGGCCGUAGAGUGUGCAGAGGCAAAUCAAGGACCCGAGGGACAGCCAUGCACCAUGGUAGUAAGGACCUUACAUUGGACAGUACCCCAUUACUGGAUAUGGGGGUUGCCCUUUUUCUUGUUCUAUUCUACCAGAUUUUCUCAGUUUUUCCAUGAAAGACCUAACCAGAGCUUCUUGAAGACUCUCUUUUGCCUCCUUUUAUCUCCUAGGCAUAUAGUUUCCAAGUUCAUUGAGUCCUACUUGCUUUGGAAACUUCCUCUGCAAAAGUAUGGAUUGAAACCAGAUCACCCGUUCCUCGAAGACUACGCUUCUUGUCAGAUGGCUAUCAUGCCAGACAAUUUCUUUGCAGAAGCUGAUAAGGGAAAGAUUGUGAUCAAAAGGGCAUCAAAAUGGUGGUUCUGGACAGGAGGAAUUGAGUUUGAGGACGGCUCUAAACUAGACACGGAUGUUGUGAUUCUUGCAACUGGUUAUGAUGGCAAGAAAAAGCUCAAGGCUAUAUUGCCAGAACCUUUCUGUAGUUUACUUGAAUAUCCAUCUGGCAUGAUGCCCUUAUACAGGGGCACCAUUCAUCCAUUGAUACCAAACAUGGCAUUUGUUGGUUAUGUUGAAAGCAUUUCAAAUCUUCACACAGCCGAGCUGCAUUCCAUCUGGCUGGCUCGAUUAAUUGAUGAAAAAUUCAAGCUUCCCAGCAUAGAGAAAAUGCUUCAACAGACUUCUAAAGAGAUAGAAGUUACAAAGAAAACGACCAGGUUCUACAAGAGACACUGCAUUUCAACUUUCAGUAUUAACCAUAGCGAUGAGAUCUGCCAAGAAAUGGGAUGGAAUACUUGGAGGAAGAAAAACUGGCUGCUGGAGGCGUUUAGUCCUUAUGGCAGCCAGGACUACUUACAGGUACAGGGAAAGUAAAGCUACACAAGCACUAGGGUCAUUCAUUAUCUAAUUCAGAAGAUUUCUUUAGGUUAUCUAUAUAAAUCCAUGACAGACACAAUAAGUCAGGGAAGAGUAUAAAUAACUCAUAUACAGGAAAUUUAAGACCUAUAUGCCUCAAUAAGAUGUAUCUAAUGUUUCAUGUUCUCCAGAAAUUUAUGAGUUAAGGAAUUGCAAGAUGAAGCUAGCUGGUUCAAACCCAUUUGUAACAUCAAACAAGAAUCAUGUGUGAGCAAUGAUAAUAGGGUAAUCUGGUAGGAGCAUCCAUAUCUGAUGCUGCCUUGAAAUUCUAGUAAGCUUGUG